CACCAUCCUCCAGUGUCGUUGGUGCAGAAGAAGACUUUGUCAAACAGUCAUGACCUUGCACGACAAACAAAUCCGUGUGUGCCACUUGUUCGAGCAGCUCAGCUCAGCUACCGUAAUUGGGAAUGGCGACAAACAUAAACAUAGCGAUAGGCUGAAGAACGUUGGUAAACUUCAGCCUGGUGCUAUCUUCUCCUGCUUCCAUCCCGACCACUUGGAGGAAGCACGCCACCUGUAUGAGGUCUUCUGGGAGGCUGGAGAUUUUAAUGAUUUUAUCGAGAUAGCGAAGGAAGCUCGUACCUUCGUGAACGAAGGCCUGUUUGCCUUCGCUGCUGAAGUUGCUGUGCUUCACCGUGACGACUGCAAGGGCCUGUACGUUCCCCCAGUUCAAGAAAUCUUCCCUGAUAAGUUCAUCCCAUCUGCAGCUAUCAACGAGGCCUUUAAGAAGGCUCAUGUGCGACCAGAAUUUGACGAGUCUCCAAUUCUAGUGGAUGUGCAAGAUACUGGAAAUAUUCUGGACCCUGAAUAUCGUUUAGCCUACUACCGUGAAGAUGUAGGCAUUAACGCUCACCAUUGGCACUGGCAUCUGGUUUACCCAUCAACAUGGAACCCGAAAUACUUUGGCAAAAAGAAAGACAGAAAAGGAGAACUGUUUUAUUACAUGCACCAACAGAUGUGUGCCAGGUAUGACUGUGAGCGGCUUUCCAACGGUAUGCAUCGUAUGUUGCCAUUCAACAACUUCGACGAGCCACUGGCCGGAUAUGCUCCUCAUCUGACUCAUGUUGCUAGCGGAAAAUAUUACUCUCCUCGUCCGGAUGGUUUGAAACUUAGAGAUCUGGGUGAUAUCGAGAUUUCAGAAAUGGUGCGCAUGCGGGAAAGAAUUUUGGACUCCAUUCAUUUGGGAUAUGUCAUCAGCGAAGACGGCAGCCACAAGACACUGGACGAACUUCACGGAACUGAUAUUUUGGGUGCUUUAGUUGAAUCCAGUUACGAAUCCGUUAACCAUGAAUACUAUGGAAACCUACACAACUGGGGCCAUGUGACUAUGGCUCGUAUCCAUGACCCUGAUGGCAGAUUCCAUGAGGAACCAGGGGUGAUGAGUGACACUUCCACUUCCCUCCGUGACCCAAUCUUCUACAACUGGCACAGAUUCAUUGAUAACAUAUUCCACGAAUACAAGAAUACACUGAAGCCCUAUGACCACGACGUGCUAAACUUCCCAGACAUUCAAGUCCAGGAUGUUACCUUGCACGCCAGGGUUGACAACGUAGUUCACACUUUCAUGCGCGAGCAGGAGCUUGAGUUGAAGCACGGCAUUAAUCCAGGAAAUGCUCGUUCUAUUAAGGCUCGCUAUUACCACCUCGACCACGAGCCUUUCAGCUAUGCCGUUAACGUCCAGAACAACAGCGCCUCUGAUAAGCAUGCCACUGUCCGUAUCUUCUUGGCACCUAAAUACGAUGAACUUGGCAACGAGAUCAAGGCCGAUGAGCUUCGUCGUACAGCUAUUGAACUGGACAAGUUCAAGACAGAUUUACACCCCGGUAAGAACACUGUGGUUCGUCAUUCCCUGGACUCCAGCGUGACCCUCUCCCACCAACCUACGUUUGAGGAUCUAUUGCAUGGAGUAGGACUGAAUGAGCAUAAGUCAGAGUACUGCAGCUGCGGAUGGCCUAGCCAUCUGCUUGUCCCCAAAGGCAACAUAAAAGGAAUGGAAUAUCAUCUGUUCGUCAUGUUAACAGACUGGGAUAAGGAUAAGGUCGACGGUAGUGAAUCAGUUGCUUGUGUAGACGCUGUCAGCUACUGUGGAGCCCGAGACCACAAAUAUCCUGACAAGAAACCCAUGGGUUUCCCAUUCGAUAGACCUAUCCAUACAGAACACAUCUCUGAUUUCCUGACCAACAACAUGUUUAUCAAGGACAUCAAAAUAAAAUUCCACGAAUAGUCAGAUGUUUAAUACUUGUUACCGUGAUCAGAUGGCUGAUUUUUGUGGUGGAAAAAAAUAUAAUUGGAACAGUUUUUCGAUAAAUUGUUUUGGGGUAGCCUAACCCAGUAUAAACAACGCACAUACACAUAAAUUUAUUUCUCAAAUUAUUUAACAUGUAGUAAGUUAAAGUCUGUGGAUUAAGAAAUAUUUAAAGAAUGUUUUUGCUUAGCUGAUGAACCUCUUGCGUGUAUGUUACAUUUCAUUAUUCUUAGGUCUGACUGCAGAAUUUAAAUAAAUUGACCAACAACUAAUAA